AUGGUCUUGUAUUGUGUCAUAUUUGUAUUGGGUGUUACUGGCAACGGCCUUGUUAUCUACGUGACAGGCUUCAAGAUGAAGACCACGGUUAACUCUAUCUGGUUCCUGAAUCUGGCACUGGCUGAUUUUCUUUUCACGUUGUUUCUUAUUUUCAACAUCAUCAGUCUUUCUCUCAAUUAUGAAUGGCCCUUCGGAGAUUUCAUGUGCAAGUUCACCAGUCUAGUUCAAGUGAUCACUAUGUUUGUGAGCAUCUUCCUACUUACAGCCAUCAGUUUUGACCGUUGCUUGACUGUAUGGGUGGUGGUUUGGUCUCGCAACAAGCGUACUCCAAACAAAGCCAGGCUCAUUUGUGUGUUAGUGUGGCUCCUCUCCCUGGGGUGCAGCAUUCCCUUUGUAAUCACACGCGGUGCUAUCAACAACAGGUGUCGCAAGACCUCAGAUGCGCUCACAAGCAAGAACCUUGUGAUAUUCCGUAUUGUGAUUGGGUUUCUGAUCCCUUUCCUCGUAAUCACAUGCUGUUACGUGGCCAUUGGUGUCCGUGCAAACCGAACCCAGAGGAGGAAGAAGAUGAGGCCUUUCCUCAUCAUCCUGGCAGUCAUCUUGGCCUUCUUCAUCUGCUGGCUACCCAUCCAAAUCAUUGACCUAAUUACGACAGAUCAGUACAUUUACAGCAUAAACAAACAGCUCUUCAACAGUGAUGUGUUCAACAUGGCAAAAAAAGGAAUUCCGGUGGCAGUCAGCUUGGCCUUCCUCAACAGCUGCAUAAACCCCUUUCUGUACAUAUUCAUGUGUGAGGAGUUUCAGAAGAAGCUGAAGCGCUCUGUGUUGCUGGUGCUGGAGCAUGCCUUUGCCGAGGAGCAGCUGGGUUACUUCACCUCUCAGGUCUCGGUCGCGUCACGCCAGUCCGUUUCUUCCGGCUCCAUGCACAGAAAAGCAACGCUGACCUCCCUGAUGACCUUUGAGAGAAGUCCAUCCCCGGGAGAGUGA